AUGUUGUCAAGUAAAAGUAUACGGAUGCCUCAGUUGAUUGAAGAGCCUGAGAAUAACAUUCACGUGUUAGCUAACAAUCUUUCGAGAAGCUCGACUUUUGAACAAAUACACAGCAGUAAUAGUAGUAGCGUGAGUGCAACAAGUAACAUGGAUGGGCGACGUAUUUACUGUUCCGGCCGGGAUCUUCAUACCAUUAGUGCAGAUGUUUUUGCCUAUCCAGACAUAUCCUAUUUGGAAUUGAGUCCAACACGUGAAGCUUGCCUGAAUUUUCAAUUGAAUGAAUUACCAGCUGCAGUCGGUCGGUUAACUGAAUUACGAAUCCUCAUUUUGGAUACAAACAAUCUGCAUAGUUUACCAGAUGAAUUGUGUAAUUUACGUGAAUUGCUUAUACUUGUGCUUUCAAAUAAUUUCUUAACGACUCUACCAAAUGCUAUUGGUAAUCUAGAGCAAUUGGAAAGUCUUCAUCUAGCAAAUAAUCGUCUUCGCGAUUUACCAGCGUCACUUUUUCAAUUGAAAAAUCUGACAUUUCUUGAUUUAACAAGUAAUAAACUACGUCAAUUACCAGAUGAGAUCGGUCAAUUAACGGAACUGCAAUCACUGUUACUUUAUGACAAUCGUCUGCGUUUACUUCCCGACUCAAUCGGUAUGUUGAAAAAUCUAACGACGCUGUGGAUUGGACAUAACCGAUUACGUACAUUACCACGCACUCUAACUCAACUGAAACAACUCGAUUGGAAACACAACUAUUCCUCGACAAUACUCGAUGACAAUCCAUUGGUCAAUCCACCAAUAUCGGUUUGUCGAUCGGGUUUUGCUGCUAUUGAUAAAUGGCAUCAGAAGAAUUCAUCAGUAAAACCAUUGAAUCUGCAUGACAUACGAAAACCUAAUGAUGUUAAGCAGAAUAUCGAUACACAAAGUUCAAUAGGGGAUGAUACAACAAGUCGAUUUUCGGUACGAAUCUCAACGGAAUUUUAUCCGUGA